GUAAAAAUGGCGGACAAACAUAAUUUCCCGCGAACAGCCUCCCCAAUCCUUAAUAUUUCUUCAGCUUGAAGUCAAACAGUAGUUUUUAAUUUUAGUUUCUUCGAUUUUUCUACACUAUGACCGCAUUGAAUUUGGGAAGAAGUGCUUCAAAAAGGAAGAAAGAUGCCAAAAAAGAGUUUAAAGUCGAUUGGAGCGGCCACGUAAGUUCCCAUUUUUCUUUUCUUAAUGAGUGAAUUUGUAUGGCCUAGAGUUACCGUGUUGGAGCACCAUUCAAUUGAGUGAGAGAACAUGUCGAAGCCUUUUUUUGCGUCUUGUCACGAACUUGACGAAGAAAAUAUUCUGACUCCCCAACUAAGGAAUCCGAAGGUGUGAGGUGCGAUUCCUCAUGAGGAUCGAUUCAAAAUAUAUCUGUUAGGGUUAGAUGGGAGAAGGGUAAAUUCAACCCGAGGAUUGAUAUUUUAAGCUGCUUGGGUUGACUUAAUAACGAAUGUUUUUUAUGUAAAUGAAAUUGUUUUAGAGGGUUGAGGUUCAUUUUCAACGUAUUGUUAAUGUUGAAAACAUGUAGGGUGAGUAUAUGCAAGUAAAGGUACAGAAACUAGAUGUUCAGUUCAAAGAGGAUGUUGGUCCAAAAGGACGCCAAGAUGUGUAAGUUAUCAUUUAUUUAUUUAAUUUUUUUGUUUUCUUUUUGUCUUCACCUUUUUACAAAAUAUUAAAUCGUAUUUUGAUAUAAUUUUGCUGUCUACUUGACAAAAUAUCUGUAAUACAUAUACCAAACUAAAGAAUUUUUGGCAGUAGAGGUGUUAUGUGCAAACAAUGAAAUGAAAGUUCACUUCUUUAAGCUCUUUUAUUAUUUCAAAUAGAUUAAAAUUUAAUUAAUCAUGGAUAAACAAUAAAGGAUAUUUUUCAUGCUAACAAAAAUAAGCCUCUCAAAUUUCCCAAACCUCCAAUUAUACAGCUGAGGCUGUGUAACUUUACUUUAUUGCUUCUGCAAAGGUGAAUUUGACCAUGAACCAUUCAUUUAUGUUAUCAUUGGCUCACAGCUCCAAUAGGAAAAAAAUUUUAAUUAACUAGUAAUCAAGACAAAUUUGUCAUGUUUGGAUUAUUGAAAUGUUUAUUGUUCAAAGAUCAAGAUUGCGCUUCCCAUUACAGAAAUGAUGCAUGGCUACAAUAGCCUUACUGUCAUUACAGCUAUAUGCAGAGCCUGGUUGUUCAAAGGUCGGAUAAUACUAUUGACUGUUUAAGUCUCUAUCUGGUGGAUAAUGCCAUAUGUUUUGCUAUCACUUAUCCGCUGGAUAGCAAUUUAUCUGUUAGAUAGUGUUAUCUGCCCUUUAUACAACUGGGUCCAGGUCUAUAAAUUUCCACAGCUAUAGAUGUAAUUUCAACCAUGGAUUGCUUUGACUGCUACCAUUGACAGAAUAUUUUAAUCUAAGAAUUAUAUUGAUUAACGCAUUGUAAUAAUAUCUCCUUUGUAGCAAUGUACCUAAGAUCUUUGAGAAAGUAGUUAUUCACAUCAAUGGAUACACAGGUGAUUCUAAUGUUUACAAACAGAGUAACUGGUUAAUUUUUUUUUUGGAAUAAUAGUUUUUUGCUACAUCAAUCAUUAAGGGCCAAUUAUAUUUAUGAUUUUCUUUUAAUACGCAUCAAAGCCAUUGUCCACACAAUGUCCAUGUCCAUACAUUGUCCAUUGUCCGUACAUUGCAAAAAGCCUAACAGAAAAUUGCUCAUAGACACUGGAUAGAUGCUAAUUUUCCUUCUGUAAUACCUUGACACCAACUGAAGCUGUGAUCAAAAUUUAGAGUCUAUCACUUUCGAUAUUUUUACAGAGCCAUCAGCAGAUGAAUUGCGACGCCUGGUGUACUCAUAUGGUGGAAGUUUUCAACAAUACUACACAAAGCGUUCAGUGACACAUAUCAUUGCAACAAACCUACCAAACAGCAAAAUCCAAGAGAUAAGGUAAAUUUUUAUAUUGUUAAUGAUUUGAAAUACAAAGAUAGGUAAAACCUACUUAAAGUUACUGUAGUUUUUGUGCUGUCAUAACAUCUUUCUCAAGGUAACCUGGCCUGACUAUUAUAUUGUUAUAAUGUUAAAGUGUUGAACUACAUCCAUUUAUUUUCUUUUUGUCAAAAGUAUUUUGAGUUUUCUUUGGUAAAACCCCUAAAAAACCAUAGAUUUAUAACGGCUGAUGUCUAAGUUAGUUAGGAUUACUGAUUUGAAGUGGGUCAAUUAUUUCUGGCUGGGUGAGACAGCUAUUUUUGGAAUUAUUCACAACAAUUUACAAAAUUGGCAACCAGGUGGACAAUCAGACAUAGUUUGACGUUUAGAUCACCCCUGAUGAAGGCACUAGACAGGAGUGUCGAAACAUUGGGUCUAUGAAUCGUAACUUCUUCGGUUACAUUCAUUAAAUCUGCAAACCAGAGUAGCAUCAAACUAUGUCUAAUUUACAAAAUUAAUAAUAUUGACAACAGUGUCUAACUACUAAUUAAAAAAAUAUAAACAUUUUUGAAAUUGGUGAAUCAUGCCAUGUAGGUCAAAUAUUCUAUGAAAUCCUUUGAAACUUAACAAAAGAAAUCAAUCAAAACUGUCACUGUUUUGUAGAGAUGAACUAGUAGUGCAUCCAUCUUGGAUUUUGGACAGCAUAAAAGCAGUCAGAUUGCUUCCUGUUAAUGACUAUCUUCUUUAUCAACCACGCCAAGCUGCACAGAAGGUUUUGAAUUUUACUUCCAAACUAUCAUCAACUGUGACAUCUUCCACACUCUCUUCUGCUGAGGGAAGGGGACACACAACAGUUACAUCAACUCUACAGUCCCCUGAGGGUAGAUCAAUGGCAGAAAAGUCAUCUUCAUGUGCCUCUGUACCACAAUACACAAGGACACCUGAGGAAGUAGAGUUGCAACACCAAGAUAUUUGUGAUGAUAAAGAUAACAGAACUGGUAUUACUGGUAAUGACUCAAUUAAUAGGAAGACAGAUAUGUCAGCCGAGACUUAUGAAGUCAAAAUCAGUAGUGAAAUCAAUAGUAAAGAGGAAGCAAGAUUCAAGAGGAAUGAUGAUGGGAACAAAGGUGAUGUUUCUUUGCAAGACACUGUAGAGACAACAACCUCUAAAAUUAACACUGAAGAUUCCAUAUUGUUCAAAAGACCGAUCGGCUUACCCAGAGCUGGUGAUGCAAACUUUGUAUCAGAAUUCUACAACAAUUCCAGACUGCAUUACUUAUCGACAUGGGGAGCAGAAUUCAAGAAAUACACAAGUGAUCUUAUCAAGUCUGGUGCAGCCAAGGGGUGGAAGUGUAGAGGGAGUGGCCGGGUAGGGCCACAUGGCCGUGUUAUUAUGCAUAUUGAUAUGGAUUCAUUCUUUGUUUCUGUAACAUUGAGAGACCAGCCUCAUCUCCGAGGCAAACCCAUUGCUGUGUGUCAUGCAGGGAAGAGCUCUUCAUCAGCUGAACAAGGUGGGCAAGGACAUUAAUGGCUUCUUAUUUGCAGGGAAAAAUGUUGCAAUGAAGUUUUUGAAUAGAGCAAUCUUCAAUUGAUUGUUGAAAGUAAUCCUGGAUUGCUUUGGUUUUGCUUUACUUUGCUCUUUGAUUGGUCCCAAAAACCUGUGACACCAUUUCAACCAAUCAAGUGCAAAACUUAAACCAAUUGCAACUUAGCCACUCACGUUUUCCUGCGCUUCCAGCCGGUAGCCUGUCUUUACCUUGAUGAUGUUAACCUUUGCUCUGAUUGGUCGUUGUGAUUACUGUGGUUUUGGUUUUUUUGACACCCAACUGAAAACUGCUCUAUCCUGAAUUGAACUUAUACCCCAUUCACACUUAAACAUGUUUUAAACCUGUUUCGUUAAACAAAGUUUAUUUUUUUUCUUCAAUGAAGCUGCUUAAACCAUUGUUUUUCAACUUCAGAUGUAGCCUAUUGGAAAUACAAGUCAGAAAUUACUUGAAUCCUAUGGAGAAAUUCAGAUUAUCAGGUCUCUGUUUCUUAUUUUCAUUCAGUUAAACACGGUUUAACUAAACAUGUUUUGCUGGUGUGAACAGAGUAUUAGUUACAAGUGUGACAUCUUUUGAAUGCGCGGGAAUUACCAAAGAAAAGAGAAAAAUAUUGAUCUCAGCAGAUUAUCCAAGCAUUGGAAAAAAUUUGAAAAAAUUUGCUAAUGAGCUGACGCACGCUCAGGGAGAUUUGUUGAAAGAGAAAGUUUCCUAAGAGAGAAUUUACAAUGUACUUACAGUUUUGCAUGAGACAACUAAACGCCUAUAUUUGUUUUGGUAAUUUAGCAUCCGCUGGUAACCCACAAAUUUCACCAAUGAAACCGGCAUCAUUCUUCAACUCCAUGUCAGAGAUCGCUUCCUGUAGCUACGAGGCAAGGGCCGUUGGAGUACGUAAUGGCAUGUUCCUAGGCCCUGCUCGUAAACUCUGCCCUGAUAUCCACUGUGUUCCAUACCAGUUUAAUGAAUACCGCAAAGUGUCCCAAAGGCUUUAUGAUAUUUUGGUAACCUAUAGUCAUGAAAUAGAGGCUGUGAGCUGUGAUGAGGCUUACAUUGACGUGUCAGAGACCAUGGAAGGUAAUUUGUUUGUACGUCUUGUAUAUUUGGUCAAGUUUUGAUUUUGAAACUCUAGAAACAGAUUUUUUAAAUAUACCGAAGGUGAACUGUGCCACCUUUCACCUUUUUGUAAAGAUAAAAUUGAACGUACUACUUGUUUUUUUGCGGCACAUCAACAGAGAAAAGUGCCAUUUAUUGGAUAGAUCAAAUUAGUUGGAAUACAUUAGUUUGUAGGACAGAUUAAAACCAAAGAACCUGAUGCUAAUUGUGCCAACGAUUCGCAAUUACGUAUACGUAGGAGUUCCGAAUUGGCCACAUAGUUUGAUUGAAUCACAAUUCCCAUUUAUGAUAAAAUUUUAAGGUUUUCUCGACACCUUUUAAAAUACUCUUGAGUAACAAAUUGUACUCCUGCUUCGCGGUCGUUCGAUUUUGUUUGUUGAUUACAGACCGAAUUGGACGCCACUCAGUCCUAUUACCAUUAUUUAUAACUAUUACUAUUAACUAUCAGCGGAUGAAACACCAACACAGCUCGCAGAGAAGAUUCGCGGGGAGAUCAAGGAAGCCACCGGCUGUACAGCAUCUGUUGGUGUCUCAUUUAAUAUUCUUCUGGCCAGAAUGUGCACCAGAGUGGCUAAACCUGAUGGAUGUUAUUACCUAUCACCUUCUGAUGAUGUCAAUACUUUUAUGGGUACGUUUCUAUCUAGAAAUCUCACACUCUUAGUACAACUCAGAGAUCGUCGAGUCAGACGCGUUUUGAGCUGUUUUAAAACACUGAAGAAGCGACUAUCUUCAUUUGCAGUUGUUCAGUGAAACUUGAAAUGGCUUAAGUUAUAAGGAUGCCUUAUGUUAUCAGACAUUUUUCUCACAUCUACUCUACCCAAUCCUAGAAUCUUUGACAAAAUGUAUUACCCGUAUUUUGUUUGAUGCUGCUACUCCAAUCAUUUCCAUGUGUAAUGGUCUUUUUGUCGAAUGUUUGACUUAUGUUUUGUUUAAGCAUAUGAUACUCUUUCGUUAUUUACCGCUUUUACAAGAGUAUGUAAUCACUCUGCACCGGCCUUUGUUUUAAUGACCAUUCUCUAUUGUUGUUUCCCAGGCUCCCAGAAAGUUGAAGACCUCCCAGGAGUUGGAUGGAGUAUGAGAGACAAGCUGCGAACUUUGGGAGUUGAAACAUGCUUUGACUUACAGAAGCACUGUUGUCAAACAUUACAGCGCGAGUUCGGACCCAAGACCGGUCUUGUUUUAUACCAAUCAUGCCGUGGUGUUGAUGACAGAACUCUUAAAACUGAGCGAGAGAGAAAGUCUGUGUCAGCAGAGAUCAAUUAUGGAAUCCGCUUCACAAAGGUAAAACUAAGGCACAUAGUUGGAAAGGCUUAAAAGCUAAGAGGUGUUUUGAGGGCCUGUAAGACGGUUUGAAGAAUACUGAUAUGGUCAACAGUUUUCUCCUUGGUUCUCUAUGAACGCCACACAUGUUGAACUCAAGGAAGAGAUUAUAUCACCAUUGUCUUUGUGCAUGUUUAACAGCUCUGAUGAAAGAUAUCGAGUAUUUCUGGGGAGAAUUGUAUAUCUCUUUUUUUUGCUGCUUCACGUUUUCGUUUUGCCGUAGGAAAGUGAGGUGGAAUCAUUUGUUAAUGAACUUGCCGAAGAAGUACAAAAAAGACUUCAGUCGCUUGGCAUGAAGGGCAAGUGUAUAACCCUGAAGGUAAAUGAGUGACUAUAAGAUACUGUAGCACAUAGUAUUGGAGUUUUACUUGUUUCAGAGAUGGUUUUUCUCUUAAAAGUCAAGCAAAUGACUGUCGUAAAUAUCUGCACGCGUCGAACAAAGAACAGGACGUGUACAUUUUGUUACCCGUUUAUUUGUCAUUUUCAAGUUCGUAUGUUGUCGUUGACUUGUUACCCAUUUACACCAAAGCGUAAACAUGUUUUAAAGCUGUUUUGUUAAACACGGAGUAAAAUUCUUUACUUCUUGAAAGCUCUUUAAUGUAACUUGUCGACUUCCAAUUUAAUACUGUGUUGCCGAUUUCAUUCAGUUAAACCUGGUUUAACUAAACACCUUUUUCUGGUGUGAAUAGGUAUAAGACACAGAAUGUAUCUUCUUGGAGGUUUUGUUACCCUUUGUUUCUGGUGUUUUGUGUAAUGACAAUUACUUCUGCACAUUUUUUUAUUCUUCCCUUUAUUCAGAUGAAGGUACGCAAAGCGGGAGCGCCGACUCCAAGAAAGUUCAUGGGUCAUGGAAUCUGCGAUAACAUCGCUCGGUCUUGCACUUUACCAACUGUCACGGAUGAGGCGCAAGUCAUAGCCAAACAAUGUCACGCACUCCUAAAACAACUGAGUGUCACGCCGGAGGACAUGCGGGGCAUGGGAAUUCAAGUGAGCAAGUUGAACGACAAAAAGGUUGGUACUUCCGAUAAGAACACAAGAUCGCUCUUUGAUUUUAUGAAACCUCAAUCGAGUGACAAUGAAGAUGUUACUGAAAGAGCACCUGAAAACAAAGGAGAAAAUCACUUUAGGUCACCAGCAGAAAGCCCUGUGCGGGAAAGAGGCGACACUGCGUUGACACUUCCACCUUUACCAAAAUUCUCGCCCCAGAUCGCUCUGCAAGCUCGGAAUUCUAGGUCAGAGAAAAGGCCGGGCGACUUGGGAGAGAGCCUAUACUUGCCCUCUCCGUCACAGAUUGAUCCGACAGUACUCGAGGCUUUACCUGAAGACAUUCGGAGGAGUAUCGAGAAAUCAUAUGCUGCAAGAAAUAAGAAAAUUCCUGCGGCCAAAACAGGAAGGCAAGAGGUUGGUUUGCCUCUUUUUGUACGUUUAAGUUUAUAAUUGGGGCUGUAUUCGUGCUGAUAAGAUAUUUCUUUCUCCAUUUGAUUAUACAGAGACACCUCGAAUUCGUGAGGUGCUAAGGGAGUGUAAAAUGUAAUCGUAAAAUGAGAUACAUCAGGAUUUUCAUUUGAAAGAUUGUAUCGUUGUGGGGUCGAAGUAUGUUUUGUUUGCAAUCAUUAGGGGUCUCAUUGUAUCGAGUUUCCAAUGUUGUAAAUGAGGCUGUUAAUCAAACUGAGCGUAGGGAUAUUUCUAUAAUCGCAGCGUAAUGAAAGAAGCCCAUAGUUUGACUUGUUCGACUAAAUUAAACUUCUCACAGAAAUUCGGUAACAGAUGCCGUCUGCAGGAAGACACUUUCUGUAAGCAUACAUGUCGUCAUUGUCCAAAUCACGCACCUUUCUGAUUACGGGGAUUCCAGCUUUUAGAGAGCACGACUGUUUUAAGUGUUAUUAAGGAUUGAUAUGCUCGUGUAAAAUACCAGAUGAACUAUUUACGUCACAUUCAGGAAGAUGAGACCACGCCGAAACAAAUCCCUCAAAAGAAUAGUAUUAAGAACAAGAAGAGCAAGGCAGCCUCAAAACCCUCUCGGAUUCUAUUUGAAGACAAUCAUUUGCCAGAAGAAGGGGCUCAAAGGGCUUCAGAUUUGUUGCCCUCCCCAUCACAAAUUGAUCCGGAAUUUCUCGCAGCACUUCCUGAAGACGUAAGACAGGAAAUAGAACAGGCUUGUAAACAAAAAAACUUGCUUGGUGCUCCUUCUAACUUCCAAGAGGGACGCCUUGGUGAUCAUUUCUCAGAUUUUGCAUCUGAACAUAAAACAGAAAGGACUUUUACGACAAGACUUCAAGCCGAGGAUGUCAAUAAUACAAGAAAAAGUCAGAUCAUCGCUCCACCUAAACAGGUACCAAAUUUCUGUAGCCUGGAGAAUACCUCGUGAUCUAACAAAAUGGUCUUAGACGAGAGUGUUUCAAAUUGUUUUUCUUCUCUAUCGUGAAAAGAGUUACAUUCGGUAACAGAAAAUUCCAUUCUCGAAAUUUAGUUUUUUCUAAUCUUAUACAAUUUUUUUUCGCUCUUCUACCAAAAAUUGUAAUCUGUAUCCGUCACACGUACAACUAGUUAACAUAUGGCAUACCUUUUAUUAUACUUUUCUGGGCCUUGGUAUUCUAGGAGUAUGUUUUCUACGCCUCAAGCAGGUUGCUUGUUUUUACUUUGUGAUGUCUUUGGUUAAUGAUGAUAUUACCCUUUGUUCUGAAUGGUAUUUGUGAUAAAUAUGGUAAAAGGACCGAGUGGAGUCCAAUUCGGUCUGAAAUCAUACGAGUGAUUAACAGAAUUGGACGACACGAGGUCCUGUUACCAAUUAAUCAUAACCGAAAAAAAAAAACCUUUAGGACAAACAUCUCCGGUAGAGACAGUGUCUAAAGUAAAUAAUCCUCUAUCUUAAAAAUUUCCCAGUUGUUUUUCGGAUGAGUGGUUGUUCCAAUUGUUAUUAUGAUCAAUUCUGUGAUUUGUGGAUUUAGCCGAGUGGACCUAGUAUGAUUGGCUGCUUCAACUGUCCGAUUACAGGUUUCCGACUACAGUCGAAUUACGCAGUCCGAUUACAACAGUACAGAAUGAUUAGUGAAACAUAAAGCAGCUAAUGCACCAAUCACAUUUGCGGAAAUUGUAAUGAUUAUGAUUAAUAUGAUAAUGGAUUUGGUUUUAAAGCAUUAUUUGAAAACUACUCUAGUGGCACAUUAUUACGCGAAAAUAUAAGUACUAAUUUACAAGCUUGGUGUACUACAUUGUCUCGCUCCAUGUUUGGCAAUAUGUUCAGUCGUCUCAAGAACGGUUGUCGUCUCAGGACAAGAUUCUGUUAAAUAGAAUUACGAUGACGACAGUUAGGAACAUCUCUGGAGGAAGAUUUUCUGUAACUUCUUGGAAGUUGAGAUUUAGUAACUAUUUGUGGAAGCCAUGACACGAUGUUCUUCCUCUGAGUUGUUUUUCAGUGGCCGCUUUUGCCUUCUCUCUUGACUUAGUUAUCUUAUAGUUUUAACCUUACAAAGUAAAUGAACUUAUAAUUACUUUUUAAAUGUUGGUAAACGUGCUGGGCAACAAGUUACAACAUUCCAUCUGUUGAUCGAGAAAUAUUGAAAGAUGUUGUAUCCUGUGUUGCUGGCUUAGUUUGAUCCUAGUGAAUUACAUUCUAUAUUCCUUGAUAUAGGCGCGUUUGGGAGAGGCUGUUACCCUUUGUGAUGUAAAGAAAGUAAUUACAGACUGGACUUCCGCUUAUGAAGGUAGAUUUUGCCUUGUCAUCUAGUAAGACUACGAGCAGACCCUCUUAUCGGUGAAGUCUGUCGCGGGAGUGAAAAAAGAUCAGCGAAUAAAAAAAAAAUGACGUUCAGUUGGCAAGCCGCAUGGGAAUCUGAUCGUAAGACGCAGAGUUCUACACGGCUUGCUAAUAUCAAUUUUAUUUCCAUUGAUUUUUUCUGCUUGCGCGACGGACUUUGCCGAAAAGAAGAGACUGCUCGUAAUUUGUCUUCAGGUAGAAGUAACAGUUACAGGUAAAUAAAAAAUAGAAAUCGUAUCUCAAACUUCUACCAUCAACGCUUCUCCAACUUGCGUCAUGAAGUUAACGUUUGGUCAUUUGUGGGUACAUUGCUCCUUAAAAGUCUAUAAGUUCUUGACCUUGGAUAUUUUUCUCUUGCAGCUCCUUUAGAAGAAGAUGUUGAAGUGUUUAGUGAGUAUUUGUUACAGCUUAUUGGAAUGAAAAACUUAGAGCAGUUAUGGAAAGUGUUAAAAUUUCUCGACAGGUAUUGUAUUCAUUUUAUUAUGCUUGAUCUUCAUUAUUGAUAAAGGAGACUAAUUACAAUCCUUUGGGUGAAGAAACUUAAAAAAUUCCUCGUCGUUGUCGCCAAGGAUUGCUGUAAUGCGCGAAGAAAGCACUCCAGUCAUCAAGAAUAUCGUUAGCUGAAUUGCGAGUAAGGACCUAGAUAAGACUAUGGCAUUACGUCAGUUUUUGAUACUGUGACUGGACGAGUGAAUAAGAAUAAAAGUCGUGUGGGGCCUGAACUAAACAACUUUGUUGAACUUACUAAAUUGACUGAGUUUGCGCAGGAAGGGGACAUUUUCCUGUGGCUAUGUCAUAAUAACAUCCUUUUUUUGUGUGGUGUAGGAGAAUCGAAGGACGUGAAGAUUGGAAAAAUAUGUGUUGCUCCGUUUUAGAGCAAGUUCAGCACCACCUCCAGCAAAAAUACUCAAGCAAGUUAUCUGUUAAGUCGCUGAAAUUCUGCAGCUCAUGAGUUCGCUAAUGUUUCAUUUCACUUUACAUAUGUAUCGUAAGUGACGUCAACAAAAUUUUUUAAACGAAAGCCGAAGGAAACAGGAAGCUGAAGAUUUUUAUAAAGGGGGUGAGUUUCCAAAGAAAGUGUGGUG